UAUCUCGUAACUCGAUUGAACAGAUCAGAGAAUUUCUGCGACUUAGGACACACACAGGACCAGAUAUGACACCUAUAAUUGUGAAUACUCAAACAAUUGCACAGAUUGGAAAGAGCGUCUGUCGCGAUUGUGGUAAAAGUUUCCCUUCAAAUCAAAUCAAUAAUCACAGCUGCAACGUUGAAACGCUUAUAAAUGAGCCAUCGGAUGCUGGAAGCAAAGAGGAAUCUGUACAAACCAAUAUUAAUCCCUUUAAUUGUGAUCUCUGUGGUAAGCCGUUUAAACGGAAAGAACAUCUCUAUCAGCAUCGAAAAUUACACACCGGCGAACGGCCAUAUGUGUGUACAACAUGUGCAAAAGCAUUCAGUCGUAAGGAACACUUGGUUAGACAUUCGGUAUGCCAUACCGGACAAAAGAUGCAUGAAUGUGAAGUGUGUGGUAAAAGCUUUUCGCGCAAAGAUAAUCUAUAUAAACAUCGGAAAACGCACGGUGUGUCUGGUCCUUAUAUUUGCGAGACUUGUGGAAAAUCAUUUGUGGUGAAACAUUAUUACGUGAUGCAUAUAAGUACUCAUGCAGAAACUGACCCGGAUGAUAUAAAUUGCCCCGAUCCAUUGCCGUACAAAUGUGACAUAUGUCAUAAAGCAUUUUCCGUAAAACAAUAUCUCAUUACGCAUAAAAUUAGACACAGAUCAAAGAAUAAUACUAGCGCCAUGCCAAACAAUUUAAAUCAACAUCCGCAGCAAACAAAUGCUACGAAUAAUGUGAACGUAGUAACUAAUAAUGUCGCCAAUGCUGAGAACUUAAAUAACAAUAAUGGACAAUCUAACAACGAGUCGACUGUCGAAAUGCAAAGCGUUAUAGAACGUAAUGAGCAAGCUAAUGGGUCGUUCGCUAACAGUCAGUAUCAUACUAAUAUACAAGAGUAUCAAUGAGAAAAGGGGAAGCGUGUCUAUUAUGUUCUCUUGCCAAAUGGUAAUAAUCAUAAGAUUGUGGUUGUAUAGACAAGAGAAAUGAUAAGACACGCCAUGUUAUUUUCUUAUAUGGUUUUGCUCCUAAUUGGAUGGUUUUUGUACUUUAAUAUUGCAGGAAAGAUAAUCAAAAUACAACUAUCCUGGACAAAUUAGAUAUUUUGAUGUAUACACAUCGGACAAAAAGUAGACUUAUUGAAUGGCUUAAGAGCUCACCGAAUACGAUGUUGUAAAUAUCAGAAAUGGAGUAUGUUACAUAUAGAAUGAUUCUUAAUUGCAGGAUAAUACUUCUUUCAAUAGGCGAAGCUUUUGAAGUGUUCACGUGCAAUUAAAGAGCAUCCUGCUCUUUUGCCAAUAAAAAAACAUUAUCUGUAUGUGAAUGCAUGCCGUAGUUUCGGAAUGGAUGCUCACUUGUAUUCCACAUUUGAAAAAUAUGCUGCUAACAUAUGUAUGAUCUGUCAUAAAGGUAAUGAGAUUGAUCUUCAAAGAGGCAAUGUGCCAAAGUUGAAUAUCAAAAUUACAAUGCAAUGAAAUGAAGUACGAUUUAGAUCGCAAAUAAUUGUGAAAUUAUUUGUGAAUUGUAAAAUUCGCGAAUAUAGACCAAUGUAAUUUUUUUUAGUGUAAAAUAUCUUGAUACAUAUUGGUCUCAUCCUUGUUCAUCAUCUUCGUGACAGACUACGUAUUUAUGGAAAUACAGUCAAGAUUGUUUCAGUUAUUGACCAAAACGAUCUCGUUGAUAUACUAUUAUCGAUAUAAUAGACAAAUUUAUAUGAAAUUAUGAAAAACAUGAAUAACAUCCAACAACACUAUUACAACACUUAAGUUUCCAGUUCUCUCAAUCGAACAAUAUGUUUGCCAUGUUUUUAUAAAAGCCGUUAGUUAGAAUAGCUUUAUAUGAAGCCUACAUUUGUUCAGUCAAUAAUUGAAACAAUCUGUGGCUACUUUGAGAAGACGUUCUAGAAACAUAUGAUUUGUAUGUAUACUUAGGCUACAGAACAAAAACUAAGACCAAAGAAAUCUAUAUAUUAUGUAUAAAAUGGAUAAAUAAUUAUGAAAAAUAGAGAUAUAUAGAUAAGGGAGGGGGAUGGGACCGGAGGUUUGCUAACUUGGCUAACUGUUGUGAUUCGAGAAAUUAGAGAGAUAUAUAUAUAUAUAUAUAUAUAUAUAUAUAUAUGUAUAUAUAUAUAUAUAUAUAUACCGUGUAAUAUAUUAUUAAUCUACAAAACAGUUUUUAAUUUGCAGUUAUCGAUUAUUAAAGAAGUGUGCCAUAGCAUGGUCUCUGGAAAUGAAAAAAGUAUAUGUAUAAAUAUAUGUAUAGUUACAUAAAUACAUAUGAUUCAUUAGAUUUUUAGUAUGCUACUGACCAAAAGCAAAGAGAAAUUGUGCUAAUUAUUGCAUUUCUCCAAUCGUACUCGCUUAUAUGUUAUGUAAUUAUAUUAUGGUUAAGUAAUAUCUCUUACCUUAAUUUAUAUCUCUGAAAUAAACAUUUAUUUAGCAAAUAAGAUUAUACAUAGGGGGCAUGUAUGGUCUUUAUGUGAGAGAGUCAUAUACAUAUAUAUAUAUUAUGUAAUUUUUAGAUUUGGAUACUUUCUCUAUACAAGCGAAAAUUUUAAAUAUUUGAUAUUUAAUAGUUAUUUUAGUAUUAUAUUUAUACAUGUGUAACGCGAAAUGUUCUUCAGAAGUCCACAGGCCCAUAUUCACAUAUCCACAUUUGGCAAUACGUGUCCGACAAAAAGAUCACAUUAAAUGUUAUAAUAAGUUAAGAAUUGUAUGGAUAUAUUUAUAAUGUGUGGAAUGUGGAAUGUGAAUGUGCGCCUAUUUCUAAAUUAUUGUCAUCGAGCGAUAAGGUCUAGGUAUUAAACAUUAAUUACUUCUACAUUUAGCAUUACAGUAUAACAAUGAAGAAUGUAUUUUAUAUAGGAUCUGAAAAGAUCGAUUUUAUUGUGAAUUUUGUUAGUAAAAAAGAAUAAUUCUUCAAUGAGUCAUGUUUAGGAUUAAUAGAUUUGUGUACAAAGCUGAGUUAGUAUCUUUAUAUUAUUGAAUUUUUCUUUCCUUUGAGUAUAUAUGAUUUGUUAAUAUUUCUAAUUCAAAGGAUUUCUUUUGUAGCAACUGUACAUUUUAACAAACGAGUACCGAACUUUAAAGAUCUUCAACAGUACAAAGAAUUAAUUUUGUUUAGUGCUUAGGUAUUUUGUUGUAAUGCAGUUUUUGUACAUAUUGAAACAGAAGUGAUGAGUUUAAGACUGUAUCUCUAUAUCACCAGAUUUAGGUGUGUGUUGGAAAUAUAUAGAUCUAUAAUGGUGUAUAUAUAUAUAUAUAUAAUAUUGAUCCAGUAUAUAAACAAGAAAAUUGUUUAAUAUACUGUUUCUAACAUGAUGAUAUUUUCUGCAGAGCAUGAAAAUGUCUGAAUUGAUUUUAAACACAGAACGAAUCAGAAAUCGUAUCCAAAGACAACAAUUGUAUUAGUUUGAACAGAGGAAUUAUUUUAGAUAAGUUGUGCUUAUUACGUCAAGUACACAUAGCCCAUUCAUUGACUAAAGACUCAAUUGUAAACUCAAAUAUAAAUUUUUAUCAACAGCCCCCUGCCUUGUAUCAGUAUAAUAAAAGAAUGCAAUUUUUCUUAAGAA